UUUCGACAACGACAUCAACGGCCACUCUACAUUCUUUUCCAUCUCCUUCUUGUUAUUCCAAUUGCCCAUAAUGUUCCGUCCUGCCUCGCGACUAAUUGCGCGCCCAUCCGCGCUCCGCUCCCUCUCUCGCGCCACCCCUACCCGACGAUUCAUCAGCACCGCCCCCCCGAGCCGGAGGUCCAGGAGCUGGAAGAGCGCAGCGGCGCGAUGGGGUCUUGCGGCGGGAGCUGUGUACUAUUAUAAUACAAGCAGUGUGUUUGCGGAGGAGCCGCCCUACACUGUUGUAGAACCCAUACCCGGGGAAAAGGAGGGGGAGCAAGAACUAGAGGAGCUUGAAGAGGAGGCGGAUCAACAAGGCGCUUUCAAUCCGGAGACUGGCGAGAUCAAUUGGGAUUGCCCGUGUCUGGGAGGCAUGGCACAUGGGCCCUGUGGAGAGGAGUUCAGGGCGGCAUUCAGCUGCUUUGUGUACUCGACAGAGGAGCCAAAGGGCAUGGAUUGCAUCGAUAAGUUCAAGGGCAUGCAAGAUUGCUUCCGAGCGCAUCCCGAUAUCUACGGCGCCGAACUAGAAGAGGAGGAGUCUGAGGCUGGCCUAGACGUUGCCUCGCCAGACGAUGCGACACCUCCAAGCUCAGAAGACCCCGAAAGCGCCACCGAGGCAGUCCCCCAAUCCCGCAGCGAUUCGAGUUUGACCGACGAAGUACGAGCAAAGCGGGACGAAAUCAAAGUUGCGGCGGAGAAAAUCAAGAAAGAGGAGCCUGUGAGCGAGGCCGAUGAACUGGUCCCUAGAGCGUGGCACGAUACGGAGUCAGAUAAUGAAGCAAAGAAGUCGUGAUUCGGCGGAAAGCAGUGGCCUUGUAUUAUAUCAACAACCGGCAUAGGAUGGCAUAGGAAGCUUUCCUUCAAAAGCGAAACUCAACUAUGAGAGGGAUCAGAUGCCUUUGAAAUGUACAAUAGAAAUGGAUUUUUUGCACAUGUCCCUGGUUUUAGCAGCGUUUGGGUGAUGUAGAAAACGCAACUUUUCUGUUCCUAUGAUAAAGAUAAAGUACAUGCUUCAACUGAAGUAAUCCACGAGAU